AAUAUCGCACGGUGCAACAGAUCCGGCAGAAGUCAAACCGAUCUGUUGCGGCGAAAGAAUGCCAAGAAUAUGAGAUAUGCUCGAUUGUACCAGUUCAUCCCUCAAUUAGGUUUGUUGUACUUGACAAGCGUCCAAAAACAUCAAGCCUUAAAGCGACACGCUCUAUAGCAUGGGUGCACACAAGCAUACACCUGGGAAACAGUCCUCCGGGGAAGUCAUCAAUCAGUUUUAUGGGACUGCUCUGGGAGAGUUUCUUUUGUUUCCCUUUCAAUUCAGUUGUUCUUUUUUCUCUCUUUCCCCUCGCCUCACCCUUACUCACUAUUUCCAUAUGUGUCAGCUUUAGAUCCUCUCCAGAGAGGGAGCGCCUCGUUCCUGGGGUUACCCAAAGUGUUGUUUCAAUUGCGCGUUGAACUUUGAAUUGGCGCCCGCGAGGGUGCAAGUUCAAGAUCGCGGUCUGUGCUUAACCAAAAUUGCCCUAGGUGAUAUUUUCUCAGCUGAAGAGUCAGAAACCCGAAAAAAAGAGAAAUUGCUCGUCUUUCUUUGCGCACGCAUUCCUAAUGUGCUCGAUGCAUGUGCAGGCAUUUGGCGUGUGCAUGUAUGUGUGCGUCCUUUGCCAGUGAAGGAGUUGACGUCAGGGUGAUACGUAACCCUGCCGAAGCGCGCUGAAUGCAGCAGGAACUCGCGCCGCUCAGCCUGAGAGUAUCUGUCCACUUGUCGUGCUGUUAUUGAUCAACCAGGACGCGGCUACAUUGGCAACCCGCACUGAAGCGCACAUGGCUUGAUGACAUCAUGUCCAGAUAUCACUCCCCUCCUUUCCAGACACUCUCCUUCCUCCCUCUUUUCCUUUUUACUCUUUUCCCUCUCUCCCUUCUUUCUCCUCUUCUUUCUCAAUCUCCUCUAAGCUGGACCUCUCCUCAUGACCCCUGCUACCACCUGGAUGGGCGUCCACGCCACUGUCUAUCCGAAUUCAUCAACACGGCCUAUGGAGUGCCUGUGACGAUGGAGGACCUCCAACAAGGACCCAGGACAAACAUCAGCACUUUAACAGACCUUCAUAACCCUCACAAUCUGACAUGCUGGAUGGCUGCCGAAGGCUCAGGCGGUGGGGACUGGACUUUUACAGUUCCCCUAGGCAGACGCUUUGAAAUCACUUACAUUAGUCUUCAGUUCUGUCAACAGGUGGAGUCUGUAGAAUCCUACUCCAUCUCCAUCUUGAAGUCAAUGGACUUUGGCCGGAGCUGGCGCCCCCUACAGUUUUAUUCCAGCGACUGCAUGGGCACAUUCAACCGUCCUGCGCAGUCCAUCGCUCUGACAAAGCACCAGGAGACGGAGCCACUGUGUUCAGAUCCCAGACCACUACAGAAGCAUCGUGGAAAUGUCGUUCUGGCCUUCUCAACUUUGGAUGGACGUCCUUCUUCAGCAGAUUUUGACUACAGUCCAGGGCUCCAAGAUUGGGUGACUGCAACAGACAUAAAGAUAGUAUUUCAUCAAUCAUUGGAUAAAAUAAAAAAGCAAGAAGGGAAACUGAAUGAAGUGGGAGGCACAUUUAGAUGGAGGGAAAGGGGAGACAAAGUUCUGAGGUUUGGCGAGAAAAACACUGGCGUUGAAAUUUGGAGAAACAGACAAGAAAAACAGACUUCAACACAGAGAACUAGAAACAAAAGCACUGUGCACCAAAGUGGCCUCAAUGUUACUCGAAAAGAGAUGAGAUCUCAAGGAAGAGUGGAAAGGGGCCGUAAGAAAGACAGUUACAAGCCAUGCCAGGAUGGCACAUGUGAUUGGUCCCUAAAUAUCCCACAGCAGGGCUCCAAAGGGCGAGAGUUGAGAAGAAGAAGAAACAAUGCAGGGAGGGCGAAGUCCCAUUCUAAAUCGAGAAAAAAUGCCUCACGCAACAUCGUUCCAUCAUCUCUUUACGCCCCACUGAAACCCUCUCUCGCCCUUUCUGACCUGCAGGUCGGAGGCAGGUGCAAGUGCAAUGGCCACGCCUCUCGCUGUCGUCGUGACAACCAGGGGCGUGCCGUGUGUCAAUGUGAGCAUCACACAUCUGGGCCGGACUGUGACGUGUGUGAGCAAUUUUUUUAUGAUCGACCAUGGCAACGGGCCACACCCAGCCAACCACACCCGUGCGUCCCAUGUGAAUGUAAUGGUCACUCUACUAAGUGUAGGUUCAGUAUGGCUGUGUAUCAGCAGUCUGGUCGAGUCAGUGGAGGCAUUUGUUUGAAGUGCCGGCACCACACAACGGGACACCACUGCCAGUUCUGCCAGAACGGAUAUACACGAGACCACAGCAAACCGCUCAGCCACCGAAAGGCCUGCCAGCCGUGUCACUGCCACCCCAUGGGUGCAGUGGGCCGUUGGUGUAACCAGUCCACAGGACAGUGUUUGUGUAGAGAUGGAGUCACAGGACAGAGGUGUAACCGUUGUGCCCCCGGCUACAAGCAAGGCCAUUCCCCCCUCCGACCAUGUAUCCGUAUUCAGGAGGUUGCACCACCCACCCCAGUUUACCAGCCUCAGUACAGCAUUGGCGAGGAAUGUCUUUCUUACUGUCCACCUUCCCAAGCAAGAGUCAAAAUGAAUUUAGAGACAUAUUGUCUCAAGGACUAUGUGCUGAAGGUGCAGGUCAAAAGUAAGGAACGUUCCGGUCCCUGGUGGCAGUUUUCUAUUUUGGUGCAGUCAGUUUUUCGUAUGGGCUCUUCUCACGUAAAGCGAGGCAUUCAGGCCCUCUGGGUUCCAGAUCGGGACCUGAACUGUGGUUGCCCUGCGCUUCAGAUGGGCCGGACAUUCCUCUUGAUUGGAGCAGAGGAAAGCGGCCGGAGUUGGGUCCCCGAGGAGAGGCGAUUAGUCGCAGACCGCACUACAAUGGCUUUGCAGUGGAGGGAACACUGGAGCCCCAAAUUAAGAGGCUUCCGCGGGCAGGACACCCGGGGAAAGUGCCUACAGGGAAAUACCACUACGCAGAAACACUCUCACCCAAACUUGUACGAAGAAUACACCCCCCCACAUCUUAACAAACUCCAGUCUGAGACACACAGACCACAUAAGAAUACACACACGACGCAUAAGCAGCAUCACGUAACCACACAAUCUGGAGGAUCAGACCUCACGCAAACAAACAAAAGAGAAGAAACUCAGGGCGUACAUGGAAAAGACGCAGAGACGCACCUUGAGGAGGACCGUACGGCUGAAAACGUCACUCAGGAAACACAGCAUGCGUUGCAACACACCCAAGAUCCUCUCUCAGGUACUUCAAAGAUGACUCAAGCCAAUGAGCAUGAGCAGUACCACCCAACAGCAUGUCCAACAUGGUCACCUGGGCCACCCGUCUAAACAAGACAUUAUGAGCAGCAAUACAAAAGGAGUUCAAAAGGAAAAGGAAAAAUUUAAAACUUCUUUAAAAAAAGUACUGUAUCAUCCGAGAUGUGAAUGGAAAUGUUUCUAUAUUAGAACAUAUGUGGAGAUAUUUAACAUUACUAUCACUCGUUCACCAAUGGAUCCUCUGCAGUGAAUGGGUACCAUCAGAAUGAGAGUUCAUACAUCUGAUAAAAACACCACAACAAUCCAUAUAUAAUCCACUUGACUCCAAUCCAUCAUUUAAUGCCUUGUGAAGUAAAAUCCUGCACGUUUGUAAUAAACAAAUUCUUCAUUAAGAUGUUUAUAACCAUCACUUCUGGCUAAAAAUAAAGUCUUCUAUCUAUAAUAUUGCAUUUCAUCUGAACUAGGGGUGAAAUAUACACUGGAGGAAGUAGGGAUUAUGGACUGGAAUUUUGGUGAUUUUACUGAUUACAGACUGGAAUUUUGACUGGAAGUUUGGCCAUAAAUGGAUUAUGGGCUCAUAUUUGCAGAGGAUCCAUUGGUGAGCAGGAGAUAUAAUGCUAAAUUAUUCCAAACUGUUCUGACAACCUCAUUUGCAGCUUGGAUGGCCCAAGGGUCAAUACAUUAUUUUUUUUAACACAAGAGUUCAUUUUUGUGAACAAUGCCUUUCAGAAAUACCUACAGUUCUCUUUAAGGGAUAUGUUGGUUGACUCUAAUAUACGAUGUUUCAUAUAAAGAGACACUCAAUCCACUGCAUAUUCACACCCUUUGCUGUGAGUAUCUUAGUAUUUUUGUAUGUUGUGCUAUAUAUUCAUCACCAGAUUACAGAGCCAUAUUGUAUUAUUUUUUUCAGAUGAAACAUGCAGGUAUUUUUCAUGUCACAUGCUCUGAGAAAAAAAAAAAAACUUUACACCUUCCGUCCAGGAAGAGAUGAGUCUAAUCCAAAUAUUAAAAGACUGAAAAUCA